CAGUCGCAGAAGCACAAACACUCCCUGUGUGUACCUCACUAAUCUCUACAAUGGCUCUCUCAAAAAAUAAAGCCAGACGUGACGGAAUGCCCGCGUCGAUCAAGUACUACUUCGACACUACAUGUCGGCCUCCAAGACAAGAAUGUCACCGUGGCUUCUGCUCGCGGGACUUUAGACGCAAUUCUAGAGGACUAUCCGGAGAUGAGCCAUCACCUUGCACAAGACGCCUCCAUUGUGCACGAUCCUGUCUUCGAAGCAGCCAUAUCGAAGGUCCUUAACGACACCACAGGAGAUUUGUCAACCAGAGAGAAAUCUGCUAUAAACCAGUUUGAAGCUAAAACAGCCCCCCACGUCUAGACGCAUUGUACACGGCGAAAUGGUCGACUACUACUACCAAAUACAAGAGCGCAAGCGUCUGAAAAUGACUAAGACAACGGCAUAUGAGAACCUCAGCUUCAUGAAAGGAGCACCCGUAGCAGUUGAGAGGUUGUUUAGUGCAGCUAAAUACGUGAUAACGGACCGCCGAUCCCGCCUGACUCCUGGCAUGUUCGAAGCCAUUUUGUUUCUCAAGGUAAACUAGGAUUUCUGGAACUCACGUCUUGUUGCCAAAGCGAUAACACACGAUGGUGAGCAAGUGUUAAUCGCGAUUACUUAGUGCAGUUGAGUAUUGCAGGUUUUUUUGCAGUUUAUA